AUGGAGUGUGUCGACGAUGAUCUGAGAGAAGAGUUCCAAGAGGUCAGUGAGACUGACUUCGACCGUGAGUCUGGCGGGAUGAGUGACAUAAAAAAGAAUUACAAACUGGUCAUAAAGCAGUUCGAAGACUACGAGAGUUUUGAUCGGGAAAGGAGAAUACACAACUGCAUUCGGAACCAAAAUGGCAUCGUCAAGUGCUUUGGAUGGUAUGAACACCGCGAGAAGGAUGCCGAAGCAGAUCCGAUCCCGUACUACAACCUCGUAUUGGAGAGAGGUACUCAAGACCUCUAUAGCGCUUUCCAAAAGGAGAACCCUCCCAUUACUCACGUUGAAAUUGAAGCGUUCUGGUCUUCUCUAUUUGAUGUUGCUGAGGCAUUGGCUUCCAUUCAGAAGAUUGACGAACCUGAAGGCAUUUUUAUGAGAUAUGUCUGGCAUGGGGACAUAAAACCGGAGAACAUACUCGACGUCCAGGGGCGCUUCAAAUUGGCUGAUCCUGCUGCGCCAGAGAAGAACACAUACACCACAGAGCCGACGCGAGAGAUCCCUUUUGUCACUCAAGGAAUCGACAUCUGGUCUCUUGGCUGCGUGUUCUCCGUAGCUGCUACAUACGUGGUGGCUGGAAAGGAGGGAGUAAAACAGUACCGCCUCCUCCGGCAGAGAGCGUUACGCAAGCUCGGCCUUGGUAUUGGCGACCCAUUCCAUGACAACUCUGUGCUCCCAGAGGUCACAAGAUGGCACCAGUACCUAAGAACUUGUGUUCGAACACAAGACGACUAUACGGCUAAAGUGUUGGAUAUUGUGGACCGUUCGAUGCUGAUCAUACCGGGUGAAAAGCGGAUUUCUGGAUCAGACCUCCAUGUCUCUCUAGCACGAAUCCAUGCUCACGCAACAGGCCAACCCACGAACAGGGCAGAACCACCUGUAGAUAUCCUUGAAUUCCUUGACGAUAUGAUGGCAUCAACCGCAGACGAUCAACCCCCGACCCUCGAAGACAUCCCCAGAACAAUUUCCCAGAGCGGCGCAGAUAUGUUUGAGGAGGCCCUGCUGUAUCGAUCUCUUAGAUCUGAAGGCCGAAUACCGCUCCCCAGGCACGCUGGCUCGCCUCAGGCUAUCCUUGGACAUCUCCCGAAGAUUACGACAGUACUGAGUUCCGAGGAAGCCUCUGCUCCUGUCAACCCGCCGAUCACGUUUUGGGAGGUCGAAGCCGAGCUCGAGCAGCAGAACAAGAAGUCAUCCGGGCUUAUCAAGAGUUUGAACCGAAUCUUCAUUCCUAGCUCGAAACUGAUGAAGGGCAGAGACGAAAAGCUCGCCAAACAUUUCGUCAAUCGAGACCUUGUGUAUCUCGUUGACAAUGCUUCGACGAUGGCCAACUUCUGGAAACAUGCGACUUACUUGCUCAGAGUCAUGGUCUGGCGAUCCCUGAAACUGGACGAAGACGGAAUGGAACUGGUUUUUACUACCGGAAAGCCUGACCUCGGCCUGAAGCCAAAAGGCAAGGGGCAUAAGCAGAAGCCGGAGGGCUUUGUGAAGAAGAUGGACGACGCGAGGCCAGAUCCCGACGGGCGAGUCACAACUAACAUGAAAGUGAGCCUGGAAAUGAUUCUGGGUAAGCAUAUGAAGGACAACUCCGAUGGGGACACAUUGAAUAGGGGCUUGACCAUUCUGGUCUUGACUGAUGGUUUGUGGGCGGCGAACGACGACACCCACGUUGAUGAAUACCUUGCGAAUUUCAUCAAGACCAACAAUGAGACUCGGGGAUGGGAUGGAAACUCGCCUGAUGUCCAAACUCGCCGCCGCCCUAUCGGUAUACAGUUCGUACGCUUUGGACACCAUCCGGAGGCGAUCCGCAGACUGCAGCGACUAGACGAUGAGUUGAUGCACCGAGUGGAGCUGUUUGACAAAGAGAUACCAGACAUGGUAGAUACCGAGAAUGCGGACGGUGACUUCUACAAGAUGUUCUUGGGUAGCAUGUUGGAGGACAUGGACAACAAGCUUAUACAGGGGGGUGUCGGUGCAGACUCGCUGUCUGUGCACAUGGGAAAUCCGGCGUCGGCGAUCACUGUUGAGUCCUCAACACCCAGUUCAAGACGAGCUUCCAAUCUCUUCUACCCCCUCCAGAGCCGCACAUCGUUUAGGUAUCAAAACGAUCCAAGCACACAUACACUUUAG